UGGCGCAGCGGGUAGUGAGGUGUUUCUUGGCCUGCAGAUGUUAAACGUUUGUGCAGUCAUUUUUAUGCUGUAAACGUAUAUACACAAUCGCGGCUUUAGUGCUUUAGCAAAGCUUAACUAUGAAACGUGUCGCUUGUAGCUCGCCGCGUUUACUUGAAGGGAGACGUGCGUGCAAAUCUUUUUUGUUGACAAGUCGUUCGCUCACACACGCCAAGGGCGCCGAGGUGCAAGACCAUGACUCACGCGAACAAGGUCCCUUGUAUCCUGGCCACAUACCAACAACUUUCGCCCAGAAAGCUCUCAUAUCAGUCGGUUCAGCGCUUGCCGCUAUAACAGACCCUUUCAGGGAUGACAUGGUGGCUGUGUUUGGAGAAGUAACUGGAGCGUACGCUUUUCGAGACUUGCACAGAAUUAUGUCUGAUGACGAGGAAGGGCGACAGAUAUUAAGAGACCGGCCGAGAAUCAACACUCGUACGGUGAACUUGGACUACCUCAGCAGCCUACCUGAUUACACUUUUGGCUACACUUACUAUCGGUUCCUACAUGACAACAAUGUGACGCCUGACUCAAGACUUCCUGUACAGUUUGUUGACGAUGCUGAGUUGGCUUACGUGGCUCAGAGGUAUCGUGAGGUACACGAUCUGAUCCACACACUCCUCGAAAUGCCAAUCCACAUGCUGGGUGAAGUGACUGUCAAGUGGGUUGAAGCUAUUCACACUAAGCUGCCCAUGUGCUCAACUGGUGGACUUUUUGGAGCAAUGCGCCUGAAGCCAAAGCAACGUCGAGAUUAUGUUAAUGUUCAUCUGCCCUGGGCCCUGCGUGUGGGAUUCAAUGCCAAGAACCUAAUGUGUGUUUAUUAUGAGAAGCACUGGGAAGAGCCACUUUUCGAGUUGCAGAGAAAAUUGCAGAUUGAGCCCUUUCCUCAGGAAACUCUUCAUCGGGUGGUUGAAGAGAGUAGAAAACUGUCUUGAAGAAAGUAGUGUUGGGGAAGAUGUGAAUGUACCAUUGUAUGUACACAACAGGAGCCGGCAACAAAUAAUCUGAAUUAUUUUCUCUUUUGCAUGGCAUGUCUCUGUCCAGAGUGUAUCUUAAAAAAAAAAGUAAAUAAAUGUGUUGAUAUGUGGCUUUUA